AUGGCCGGCUUGCUUCAAGCCGGGGUCUACAACGAGACUGAUUUCUUCUACUCGGACCACAUGAACGACGUCGAUCUAUCCGAAUUUCAGUCCCCGUGGCUAUACCGUGAAGAGUUCGGCCUACAACCUCUACCUAAGGGCGGCCAUCUCUUCCUCAUCACUCACGGCAUUUCUUCCAAGGCUGAUAUAUACUUCAACGGUGUACAAGUAGCCUCAAGCGACUAUCAACAAGGAAGCUUUGGCGGCCACCAGUAUGAUAUAACGCCGCACGUCCGCUCAGGGAAAAACGCUCUUCUCGUUCAAGCUCACCCAACAGACUAUUCCAUCGACUUUGGCCAAGGCUUCGCAGACUGGAACCCAGCGCCGCCAGAUAAUGGCACUGGUGUCUGGCGCAAUAUCGAGCUGAAGCAAACAGGUCCUAUUUCUUUGUCCCCGAUUCGAAUUGUCACCGACUUCAAGACCGCACCCAGUGAGCGAGUCUUGGCGACAGUCAUCACGGAUGUUACCAACCAGAACAACGUAUCCAUCCAGGCAUCCUUCCAAGGGAUCAUCGAGACGGAGCAAGAUGUUGGCAUGCAGCAGCGGAUCCCGUUCUCAGGCAAUAUCCGACUCAACGCCAACGAGCACACAACCAUCUCAUUCCCUGUGACCAUACAAAACCCGCAGAUUUGGUGGCCUGCCGUGUGGGCCCGUCAGCCACUCUAUGCUGUUCAGCUCAACGUGAGCACGCCUCAGGGGACGAUUUCGGACCGGGCACCGCGCACAACCUUUGGAAUCCGGCACGUAACCUCUCAGCUCAGCCCCGACAAGGACCUCUCGUUCAGCAUCAACGGUCAUCCCUUCCAUGUGCGAGGUGCGGGCUACGCACCCGACCUCUUCCUCCGCUUCGACCUGAACCGCGUCCGCACCAUCUUCCGCUACGUCCUCGACAUGGGUCUCAACACUAUCCGGCUCGAAGGCAAGCUCGAGCACCCGGAGUUUUAUCAACUGGCCGACCAAAUGGGAAUCAUGAUUAUAGCCGGAUGGGAAUGUUGCGAUAAGUGGGAAGGAUGGGAUUACAACCCUGACGGCCAAGGCCACCAAUGGACCACAACGGACUACAUAACCGCCUAUCGGCAGAUGUAUCACGAAUCCACCUACCUCCAAGCGCACCCCUCACUCCUCGCCUUCAUCCUCGGAUCCGACUACUGGCCCGACGAAUCCGCCACCAGGCAAUACCUUGCCGCACUCCAACUCACAAACUGGACCAACCCCAUCGUCGCCUCGGCCUCCGCUCGCGGCAAUCCGUCUGGCCUGGAACCAUCGGGCAUGAAGAUGCUCGGCCCCUACGACUGGGUACCUCCCAACUACUGGACCUCCAACAACACGCCCGGUAUAACCGAGUCCGGGACCGCCUACGGCUUCGGGUCCGAACAAGGCCCCGGCGUCGGGACGCCCACCUUGCCCUCUUUGACUCAGUUCCUCUCCCCUGCGGACCUCCACGCCCUCUGGAGCCACCCGUCCACGGGGUCGUAUCAUCUCUCCCCGCGGGGUGCCGGGGAAUUUCACACCCGCAAGAUCUACAACACCGCGCUCUUCCGUCGAUAUGGGGAUCCCACCUCGUUGGAGGACUACCUCCAGAAGACCCAAAUGAUGGACUACGAAGCUACACGGGCUGUGUUUGAGGGGUUUGCGAUCAAUCAGAAUGCUGCCAGCAGCAGUUAUGCACGCCCGGCAACGGGACUGGUGUAUUGGAUGCUGAACAGUGCGUGGCCGAGUCUACAUUGGCAGUUGUUCGAUUACUACCUCCGUCCAGGGGGGGCGUACUUCGGGACGAAGACGGCGGCUGCGCGGGGGGAGCACGUUGCCUAUGACUAUGUGAGCAGGGAGGUGCGCGUGGUCAAUCUGAAUGGGCCCCGCUUUACUGGAGGGGGUAAGAAGGGGAAGAGAGUGGUGGAGGUGGAGUUGAUCACCGCUGCCAAUGGGAAGACAGUGGACAAGCAGGUGGUGGGGGUGGAGGAGACCGACCCGGGGGCAUCGGUUCCCGUUGCUAAAGUGGCGGACGGGGUGAGCCGUCUACAGGGAGUCGGGUUCCUGAGGUUGUUGCUCAAAGAUGCCCUCAAUGGGUCAGUGCUCAGUCGCAAUGUGUACUGGGUGACCAAGGAGAACGACGUGCUGGACUGGGGCAAAUCGAACUGGUACACCACGCCGGUCUCGCGGUACGCGGACUUCACCGGGUUGAGCACUCUGCGGACGGCGAGUGUGUUGGCGAGCGUGAUCGUCAAGCAGAAGGGAGAGAAUGGGUCGACCCUGGAAGUGACGCUGGAAAAUAAGGCCGAUGUCCCGGCUUUCUUUAUGCAUUUGACGGUCGUCGAUGCGGCGAGCCAGCAAGAGGACGCGGCCGAGGAACUCGCGCCGGUCUAUUGGUCUGAUAACUAUGUGACGCUUUUCCCGCGGGAGAAUCUCAAGUUGACAGUGCAGAUGCCGAAGAAAGAUGGAUGGAGGAUGGUCAUGUCUGGGGUGAAUGUGAAGAGGAAUGUGAUUGGUCGAGGGUGAGCUGUUGAAGAUGGU